CAGCAAAAGAGAAAAGAGCGCUGAGCCCCGGCUGGGACCAGCGUAGACUAAAGUGACAGGAGCCCAAGAAGACGCUCAAGGGCACCGAUGGAGGAGAAGCGCAUUUUGUGCAUCGGACUCGUGUGCCUGGACAUAAUCAGCGUGGUGGACAAUUAUCCGGAGGAGGAUUCGGAUACCAGGCAUCUAAGGUCACAAAGGCUUUCAGUAAUUCCAGGAAUAAUAUCAAAUCCAGACAUCUCAGGUUGUGUCACUAAUAGUAGUAUUUUCUCCCAGGGGAGGAAUGCUUCGGAACAGAUUAAAAUGCUGCAACUGGUGGAAAAGUAUAACCAAACCUGCCCACCAUCUGAGCGAGUGACCACAUCUGUGGAGGUGGAAAAGACCAGGCCACAGCUGUACCAGCUGUUUUGCUAUGGAGAUGUGGUCUUUGUCAGCAAAGAUGUGGCCAAGACGUUUGGAUUCUACUCAGCUCCUGAGGCUGUGAAGGGGCUCUACGGACGUUUGAAACCAGGAGCUACUUUGAUCUGUGCUUGGGCUGAGUGUGGAGCUGACGCAAUGGGACCAGAUGGGCUGCUGGUGCAUUCAGACGCAUUCUCCCCUGAAACUGUUGUGGACACACUGGGGGCUGGAGACACAUUCAACGCUGCUGUGAUCCUGGCUCUAAGCAAGGGAAAAACACUCCCUGCAGCAUUAACCUAUGGAUGCCAGGUGGCAGGCCGGAAGUGUGGGGUUCACGGGUAUGAUGGGAUCGUUUGAGCAACAUGCAGAAAACUGUACCUUCUAGAUUUCACUGGACCAUGGACUAAUACUGUAUCUCUCACUGUAGUAUUCUAUUUGCUGAUGGCACUGGCACGGCUCCUCUGGCAUCUCCUGCAGGUGGGAGGACAUGUCAAGCUGCCUGCCACACAUUCCAUAUGGAGUCUGGCUGAGCUGGCUCAGAUGCUCCCGUCUCUUGCCAGGAGGAAAAGAGGUUUCGCUGUAUAACCAUGAAAAGAUAAAUAAAAUACCUGAAGCUGCUGA